AUGUCGUCCCAAGUCACUCCGGAAGUUCUAUGGGCCCAGCGCUCGUCUUCCAGCGACCCCGAGAAGAACUACAUCUAUCUGACUAUCGGUGUUCCUGAUGUCCCUCCCAAAUCUCUCAAGCUCGAGCUCACGCCAACUUCCCUGACUUUCACUGGUACCUCGGACACCAAGAAGACUACGUACCACCUGGAGAUGCAAUUCUACUCUGAGAUCGAUGUUGAAAAUUCCAAGACGCAUCACACUCCAGCCAACAUUCAGAUGAUCCUGAGAAAGAAGGAACUCAAGGAGGAAUACUGGCCACGUCUGCUCAAGGACCCCGCCAAGGUCCACUAUCUGCGAACGGACUUUGACAAGUGGGUCGAUGAGGACGAGCAAAACGAAGCGCCUGAGGAUGACUACAUGAACCAGUUCGGUGGUGGUCUCGGCGAAGACGGUGGCUUCGGUGGUAUUGACUUCUCCAAACUCGGCGGCGGCGGCGGGGACAUGCCCGGCAUGGAAGGCCUUGGUGCGGGCGAAGAAGGCGGCGACGAUGAAGACGAGGAUGACGAGGACAUGCCGGAUUUGGAAGAGGACGCGGAAGAGGGCGAUGCCAAAGGCAAAGGCAAGGGGGCCGCAUAA